AAAACGGCAUUAGAAAGCAGCAAGGGGAGGUUUAAGUAUACAUGCGACCCUGGUUGUUUUGCAAUUCAGAUCAGGGCGAGGGAGUAAGAUGGAGACCGUCAUAUCGACUCCCUAUUCACUCAGUUUAUCCCAAGCCGAUAUCACCCCGUCAUCGAACAGCUUGAUUCUCAGUUCAGCUACCGACCACAUACAUCACAACAUCACAAGUCUCUCUGACAACAGUAUGCAGUCGGGACAGGUCAACGUCAUGUAUCAGAAAUUGGGCAACGAGUUCCUACAGCAACAAGGCGGCAACGGGUUACCGCUCGCCCACCACGGGGCGCAGUGGGUGACGGGAUUGAGCGCUCCGCCGCAUGCCGACCCGACCAGCCACUGGGCAGGAGUUCCAGCUCAUCUUCUUGGCCAUGGUCAAGAUAUCAAACCGAACUUAGGACAAACUCGAGAUGAAAUAAAUGAGUUACAUCGAUCCGGUCAUUCACAUGUGCAGUCAGCGGCGACAUGGAACACGGGAAAUGCUCAUAUGGCUAUGCCGAUGUCGAUGACGAUGCCGAUGACGACUUCGAGCGGUGGUGGUCCGUUAGGCCACACGCCGACCAGCGCUCACCCCAUGUACACAUACGGUGCAAUGAACGGUAUGAUGAGUUGUGCACAACAGUUUGGACAAAAUGGACCUAUGCGGGGUGUUCUGGGACCAGGUGGUGGUCAGUUACCUAGUCAUAAUGGUUCCGAAACGGUGAUCGAAGACGAUGCACCGUCAUCGGAUGAUCUCGAGCAGUUUGCAAAGACAUUCAAACAACGUCGCAUUAAGCUCGGCUACACACAAGCCGAUGUUGGACUCGCCUUGGGCACUUUGUACGGUAAUGUUUUUAGCCAAACGACAAUCUGUCGAUUCGAAGCCCUACAGCUCAGCUUCAAAAACAUGUGUAAACUGAAGCCGCUGCUAGCAAAGUGGUUAGAAGAAGCCGAUUCAACCUCCGGCUCGCCGACAAGCCUCGAUAAGAUCGCCGCUCAGGGUCGAAAGAGAAAGAAGCGUACGAGUAUUGAAGUCACAAUCAAAGGAGCUCUCGAAAACGCAUUUCUAAAACAGCCAAAGCCAUCGGCUCAAGAAAUCUCAGCUCUCGCUGAUGGACUGCAACUCGAGAAAGAGGUGGUCAGAGUUUGGUUUUGCAAUCGACGACAGAAAGAGAAAAGGAUGACACCGCCGCUGAACGGCAUCGGACCUGGAGGUAUGCAAAGCGCUGAUUCACCGCCACCCGGUCAAGCAGCAACGGGAGAACACGUCCUCCCGCACUCGACGGCCUCAGGACUGCAUCACCAUCACCAUCAUCAUCAUCCUGUGAUUACGAGUUUGUCAUCACACGCGCAUCACAUCGGUCCCGGGUCGUCACCCAUCCACGGCCCUCCCGCCUCCGUUUCUCCACCAGCCGUCCACUCUCCCAUCAGCUCAGCUCUGACACCACACAGCCAACACCAAGCCCAGUCCGUACAGUGACCGUUGGUCUAUGCUAUCCACCACCAUCCCGCCGACGAAGCCGUGAUUGAUGAGCGAGCAAGUGAGCUGAGCGAGCGAAAGACUCGGUGGACGGCACCGCUGAUGAGCCGGUAUCUCCCACCUGUUAAUGCUCUAUCCGCGCUCCUGAUCAACGCGGCAUCUAAGCACCGUCAUCCUACCGAACAUUCACGAGCAUCGCCUAUAAGGUGAGGACUGCUAACUAUUUUCAUUUAAAGCAUUCCAUUUUAUUUCUAUGUAAAUAGUAAAAACUCCAAUUACAAGACACUUACGCACGAUUGGAAUGAUGUCCUGUUGCUGAAAAUAUGGAAGAUGUUGUUGAAAAAAAAAUGUUCGAACGCUUUGAACUCAGGAAUACACCUUCGAGAUUAAAAAAUAGACACUGAGAAACUUGAUGAUUUUGUUUUCAAAUGUUUUCCGUUUCAUGUCAUACCCUCAAACGUGGUUUCUGGGAAUCGUCAAAGUUAUUACAUGAAUGUGUGCUCAUUUUUCAUGAACAUGUGCAAAGCUGAAACACAAUUUAAAUGUAGAAAGGAAAUUGUACAAUUAUUUAUUACUUUGCAACUCAUUCUUCAUGCUUUUGUUCUAUCUCAUGGAGAGAGAAAACCUGCAAUAUCUCACCAGAUCACUUCAUAAAUGAUCGGAAAGAUCUAUUGUUUUGUACUUUUUCGAUUAUGAAUAAUUUCAAUUUGUAAUCAUAGAACAAUAUAAAAUUAAAUCCACACCAAUUUAACUUGCCACUUAAGUAUGCAAAUUGCAAGACUUUCGUGGAGGAGCGUAGCCGGUGUGGUCGCAAAAUAGGAUGAAUAUGUCCCACACAACCCGCUAUGCUUUCUUGCCUUUUUACACUCUCUUUUCAACCAAUAUGUGCUCUCAGAUUAAAUCGCAAAAAGCACUGAUUCCUUUUCAUACACCGAGUAAGCUCAAAAUCUGGCGAACUCUUACAAAAAAAAAAUCAGGAUUUCUUGUUUGACAGGCAGCUAUAAUGUGUGUGAGGUGUAUUGUGAGUUGUAUUCAAAUGGCGACAAAAAGCAAAUGUGCUCGACGUUGCAUCUUUUGUUAGGGGACUAACUGUUUGACUAACACACACGAUCACCUCCAAAAGUGGUAGAAAUGUGGGGGAAAAAUAAAGAGGGGAGAGAGCAAGCAGGGAGAGAAAAAAGGCCGGGGUGAAACACAAAAGGCAAGCGUGCAGUAAGCACAGACGUGUGCAACCAAAAACAAUUAGCACUCUCUGAGCUAUUGUGAGGGUAAAGCAGUCAAAAUGUUGGUCAUGAUAUUUCACCCCGUACGUUGAAGCAGAUGGAACUAUUUUGCAUUGAAUGUUGCAUUUCACUCAGCUGUAGAAAGUAUGGCUUUAUGGCGUGAGAGAGAACAGUGGUGACUUUUUAAUACUGAAGGAAAUUAUGAACUAAAACGCUCUGUAUGUGCGUUUAGCCUAAAUUGGAUAACGAGAGUGUUGUCAAUCUUUUUUCCACGUAUUGUACAGUUAUGUAUUAUAGUCCACUUCAUUUUAUUUAUAUGCUGUGGAAAUUUUUCUAUAUUCCCUCCAAAAAAAUGGACAAAAACAGGGUACCAAAAUUUGAGAUGGAUUUCUUUUUCGCUGUAAAUGUGUAUAGUGUGCUCGCAGUGAAGGAGCUGGGGGAGGUAUCAGUGCAAAGUCGGUCACAGAUACAAGAAAAGGCCGAGGAUGUUUUAUUUUCUAACUUAUCAGUAUUACAGUAAUAUAUUCAUUGUUUUAUUGUUGAAUUAUUUAUUGUUUCUAAAGUUGUUUUGACUGAAGACGAUUAGUCAUGUUUUUACAGUCCUCGCACAAUGAGACUAAUUUAAUAAUCCAAAUGUUUGUCUUCAUCAUAGGAUGAUGAAAUGUCUUUUAAUUCCAUUCUUAAAUUCAGCAUAAAAUGUAUUCACGUAUUUCAAUUCCAAAAGCUAAUCUGAAAACUAAUAUCAGAUUAUAUUGCAUAAUGGUUGUGCUUUCCCCUUUUACAGCUAAUUUUAGACUAUUUAUAGCUAAAUCUAUAAAAUCAUAAGGAUGUCUAGGUUUUAACAUUUACGUUCCGAUGUACCUAGUGUUGCAAUAUACAUCAAAAAUGUUUUGAUAACAAUGCUGGCAUCUUUUGAAAUUACACUCUGUUUAUUGACCGAUUUUUGUUCCUCCAAAUGAAAACAGUUUAUACCAAUACUUUAUCUCUUUAUUUUGCUUAAUUAGGGAAUUAUAGAAGUUAAUCUUGGAAAGAAAUUGGAUAAAAUAAAGACAGAAGAGAUUUUCUUUUCAUCAGUCGAUAUUAUAUCACGCAUUUUAGCUCAAAAGCAGGCCUUGAAAUGUCCAUGUAUUGUAUAAUGUUUAUACUUUUCCUUUUUAUACUUGCUUAUUAUUGAAAGAGAUUUUUAUGUAGAGGACGAAAUGCAAUCAUACACUACGUUUUAUGUUCUUUUGUUACCAUGUUAUUAAUAUAAACAAAGAAACGGUUAUUUCUAUUAUGAUUAUAUACCAUUUCGAUGUCUGAUUCAAUUUUAGUCGUUCAUUUUCUUUGAUGAUAUUAUGUAUUUAAAACAGAGGCUUUGAACUGACAUAAUAAAAGGCUAUGUCACCCUUGAAAUAAUUCUA